AUCUGUGCCAUGCAAGAUUAGAAUUAAAUGUUUAUGUUUUGUUGUUUUUUGAUCAACUACUGACUGUAGAAAACAGAAAGGGUAUUAAAAGAGACAUUAUUAAAUGACAAAUGGGUCACGUGGAUCUUGUCUUUGGACUCAUAUUACACGGAACAACUUUUACUCUCAACACACAGUGAAAUGAUCUCGCUGCUGAAUGCUCCUCUACUAUAAUGCACAAUUACCGCUGGCUAACAUGUCCGAAGCUGAGGACAAGAGCACCAACAGCAGCCUGCGGAGGAAGAAACCGCCCUGGCUCACACUGGACAUCCCCAGUGCUCAGAACCCUGCAGAAGACCACAAUAACUUUCUGCAGCCUGUCAUGCACAACAGCUUGUAUCUGCGCAGUGCCAGUUUACCCACUGAAAAUAUCAAGCUCAGAUGCCCGCCAGUGGACCCAAAUGCCUGCCGCAGACCCUCGGUUCUGCGCAAACACCAGACCAUUUCCCAGACCAUCAAGAGCCCCACAGGGAAGAGGGUGCACUUUGAGCAGAUGAACACCGUCCUGGUUAAAGGCCAGUGUUUCUCACGUCUGGAACCCCCCAGACGUCAGUCACUGCCCCAAAUUGUCCUCAGGGGCACAGCAGACUGGUUUGGGGUCAGCAAUGAUGUUGAUGCCACCCAGAAAUGGCAGAGGAAGAGCUUACGGCACUGCACCCAGCGCUACGGCAAGCUGAAGCCUCAGGUCAUCCGUGAAAUGGACCUUCCCAGCCAAGACAAUCUCUCCAUGACCAGUACUGAGACCCCUCCCCCACUAUAUGUCCCACCCACACAGCAUGGCAUGCAGAGGAUCGUGGACCCGCUGGCUCGGGGUCGAGCAUUCCGUAAUGUAGAGGAGGUGGAUGGUCUCAGCAUAUCUCAGACUCCCAUCAACCCCUGCGCUGCCUCUCUCUGCUCCUUCACCAGCUCCCGCUCAGGCUUUAAUAGACCUGCAUGCAGACGAAAGCGCGAGUCUGUCGCUAAGAUGGGCUUCAGAGCAGCCGCUGCUCUGUUGAAGGGGCGCUCUUUGCAGGAAGGUACCAUUCGACGAGUACAUCGGCGUAGUUUUGCCGCAGCUAGUUUCCUGGAAGAGGACACUGUGGAUUUCCCAGAUGAACUGGAUACUUCCUUCUUUGCCAAGGAUGGGUUUACACAUGAAGAGUUGUCCACAUAUGCAGAUGAGGUGUUUGAAUCGCUUUCUGAAGCUGCCAUUAAAGACACCGAUGCCAGUAAGGCAGCAGAUGAGAGGGAUCUGACGGGCAGUGCCCUAGACAAGACAGAACUGGAGAGGAGCCAUCUUAUGCUGCCUCUUGAGCGGGGCUGGCGUAAGGGAAAGGAUGGUGCUCUACUUCAGCCUAAAGUGCGCUUACGGCAGGAAGUGGUGAGUGUGAGUGGGCAACGGCGUGGACAGCGCAUUGCCGUGCCUGUUAAGAAACUCUUUGCCAAGGAGAAGCGUCCUUAUGGUCUUGGCAUGGUAGGCAGACUGACCAACCGCACUUACCGCAAACGCAUCGACAGCUACGUCAAGAGACAGAUAGAAGACAUGAAUGACCACAGGCCUUUCUUCACUUACUGGAUCACCUUUGUCCAUUUGCUGAUAACCAUCCUGGCAGUUUCCAUCUAUGGCAUUGCACCUGUGGGCUUCUCACAACAUGAGACAGUAGAUUCUGUCUUACGAAAUAAAGGAGUUUAUGAAAACGUCAAAUUUGUGCAGCAAGAAAACUUCUGGGUUGGACCAAGCUCGGAGGCGCUGAUUCACCUUGGGGCUAAGUUCUCCCCCUGUAUGCGUCAGGAUCAGGAGGUGCAUGAGCUCAUUCAGGAGAAGAGGGAGAGUGAGCGUCACUCAGCGUGCUGCGUCCGUAACGACCAAUCAGGCUGCUUGCAGACCUUGCAGGAGGAGUGCUCGAGUACACUGGCAUUAUGGGUAAAAUGGCCUCAGCACCAAAGUGCUCCCUAUCUAGAUGGAAAAGUGCGUCUGUAUGGUUCUGUAUGCCAUCAAGACCCCAGGAUUUGUCUGGAGCCCGCCUCUGUUACACCUCACGAGUGGCCUGAUGACAUCACCAAGUGGCCAAUAUGCACCAGGUACAGCACAGUGAACCACACUAACUUGCCACACAUUGAUUGUGUCAUUACCGGCAGACCCUGCUGCAUCGGGACCAAAGGAAGGUGUGAGAUUACAUCCAGAGAGUACUGUACCUUCAUGAAGGGGUACUUCCAUGAGGAGGCCACACUCUGCUCACAGGUGCAUUGCAUGGAUGAUGUGUGUGGCCUCCUGCCUUUUCUAAACCCAGAAAUCCCAGACCAGUUCUAUCGGCUGUGGCUCUCUCUCUUCCUGCAUGCUGGGAUCCUGCACAGCCUGGUGUCUGUGUGCUUUCAGAUGACCAUUCUGAGGGAUUUGGAGAAGCUAGCAGGCUGGCUGAGAAUCUCCAUCAUCUAUAUCCUCAGUGGGAUUACAGGCAACCUCGCCAGUGCCAUCUUCUUACCAUACAGAGCAGAGGUGGGUCCAGCAGGUUCUCAGUUUGGCAUCCUGGCCUGUCUGUUCGUGGAACUUUUUCAGAGCUGGCAGAUCCUGGCACGGCCGUGGAGGGCCUUCUUCAAGCUCUCGUGCAUAGUGCUUUUCCUCUUCGCCUUUGGCCUACUGCCCUGGAUUGAUAAUUUUGCCCACAUCUGUGGCUUCGUUUCGGGCUUCUUUCUUUCCUUCGCCUUCCUGCCCUACAUCAGCUUUGGGCGCAUGGAUAUGUACCGCAAGCGUUUGCAGAUCCUGGUGGCACUCACUCUUUUCCUGGGCAUCUUCUCCAGCUUCGUCGUGCUCUUCUACGUGUAUCCUGUCAAGUGUGAGUGGUGCGAGCUCCUCACCUGCAUCCCACUUACGGACAAGUUCUGUGAGAAAUACGACCUGAACGCUCACCUCCACUGAGCCCUUCCAUAAGAAGGGCUGCAAGGGCUUUCUGGUGGUGUGGACAGAUUUGAUUAUAGACUCUCUUUGACUUAAAGCAUUCAAUCUUCACCAGUGUCUGAAACUUUUUUAAAUAAUGUACUUGAUAAAAGUUUUAUCAUUUUAAUUUGUCAGGCUCAAAUAAGAGCGUUCCCCUGGAGGGAAGUAUAAUAGUUAUGCCAACAGUGCCUUUCCAGUCAGUACCAACUACUGCCAUAUCUGAGCCCCAUUACAUUGGAGCACAUUUGAGGCAACCCUGUAAUGUGUGUAGUGCUACUACAGUGGUGUUUAAUUCUCGGUAGUGUUUUAGCUACCUACUCACAUGUAACAGAAAAUACAAUGUAAAGAAAUCAA